AUGUUGUCGUCCACCAACAGUUCAUACUCCUCCAGCAACUGCUCUUCCGACCCUCACCUCCCCUACCAACACCAGCAGCCCCUCUCCACACUAUCGCUUGGCUCGCAGCACCCUCGGAAGUCGCCGAUGCCUCCCAAGUACCCUCGCUUUUACGCCUCUCCCAUGGACGACGGCUCUGAGAACCCGAUUCAGACCUACGGACUUGAGCAGCGCGAGCCUUCAAUUUACGAACGGCCAAGAUUACUGCGCCGAGUCUCACACGCCCUUGACGACAUCAAGGAGGAUUUAGCCUACCAGCUGGAUGCGCGCGAGACUGCCAACAAGAUCAAGCGCCGCUCAACCUUUUUCCUGGAUCCCAAUUUCAACAUCGCCGAGGAAACUCGCCCAGAGACCUCUGCCGGAACCUCGCGGUCGCGCCCUAUGUCUAUCAUGUCCGUUGAAGCUUGGACUGCACCCCAGCGCGGAUUGAGUCGCCGCCUGUCGCGGCGCCUGUCAAUCUUCGGGCGCAAGACUCCCGAAGGCUCCCCCAUGGCCAGCAUCUCCACGCCUAAUUUGAUCGGGUCCUCGACCCCAUAUGCCUAG